UUCAGUCGAUUUUCCGCAAUAAAAUGUCUGAUUUAGCGAAAGAGAAAGCGGCACGUCUGUUGAAGAAGCGUGGAAGCUUGUCUUCUCUGGGCAGUCAUGAAGUCAGAGCUAAAGAAGCCUUUGCCAAAACCAAGGACUCUAUCAGCACAGUGUCCUACAUGGAAGAGCCUGGACAUCAUGAUGAUAUUCCACGGCCUGCGGUGCAAAUGGAGAACACCUAUCAGCUCAGCCCCGCACAACGUUUCCCAGUGUUAACAGUGAAGGACAUUCUGAAGGAUGUGUUGACCAGCUACCUGCAGGAGGAGAAAUAUGAACCGGAGCUCUGCAGACAGAUGACCAAAACCAUCUCUGAGGUGGUCAAGGCCAGAGUUAAAGAUUUGAUGAUUCCCCGCUAUAAGAUCAUCGUCAUCAUCAGCAUUGGUCAGAUCAGAGACCAGAACAUGCGCAUGGGGAGUCGAUGUCUGUGGGACGAGACACACGAUAAUUUCUCCUCACAUACUUUCAAAAACAGCUCGCUGUUCGCCACCGCUACUGUCUAUGGUGUUUAUUUUGAAUGAGUGUGUAAGAAUAUCAGCUGGGUUUUAGUGACGAGUGAUUUUAGCCAACCAGUGGC